CAUGAGCAAUCGGUCUGGAGAAUGCUAUCAUUGUGUUCAUCAGACGAAGGAACAGCAGCAUUGCUUUGUGGAUGGGAAGAGUGGAUGAAGAACUAAGGAACAGCAGAGCAGUGGAAACACGAGACAGAGGAAUUUGGAAAUGGGCACUAUGAACAAGCUAAGAUGGGCGAUGGACGGAGGGUUUUGGGACCUGGACAUCUCAACUCCAGUGACCCUAGAAGGAGAGGCCAGGGCAGUACCUGGACAUCCUCUCCCUCUUGGGGUUUCCCGAGGGACGAAGCUGUCCAGGCCUAAGCAGACUGAUUUCUUCCAGCGGUUCAUGUUUGCUCCUUUCCUGCCUUCCUAUUCCUACUCUCCAGCCUCCAGCAGUCACUCGUUUAAUCUCCAACGUUGUCUAGCUAUCCCUUUAUCUCAGGACUGGUAUUAUCUUAUCGAAUCAUCUCAGUUAUUUUGCUUCUCUAGCCCCUUUACCCAGCUAUUUAUCGAUUUCUUUUUAUUUUACAAUGGAGCUAUAUCUUUUGUCUGGUUUGAUUUGUGUUUACAGGAUUGCCAUGUUGCAAGGCCAAUUCAAUCUUCACAAGUUUGUGUCCUCCUUAAGAAAGCGCAGAACCUUGCUUCAAUCGUCUGAUUCCCAGUCUUCAUCCCUCAUCCCUGCCAUUUGUGCAUGUCUUCGUGACAAAUCCUUAUACGCACUUGGCAUCUAUUCCGAGCUUUCACUAACCCCUCAAGACACUCUUGUUCUCAGCUCUGAUGCCAAUGGCAAUGAUGAUACGCCACCUCGCCGCAAGGCAGUCCUCCAUCAUGAGUUCCCCGAUCACAAUCUCACUUUGGAGGCAGCUUCCCCUUCCCUCUUCCUGGACAAGUCUGGAAACUAUUGGGAUGUACCUUUGUCCCUGGCCCUUGAUCUUGCAUCUAUUCCUUCCAGCUCGGGUGCCAGUUACCAUUUCUGUAUGCGUCAUAUUGCUGGAUUGCCAAAGUUGUUUGAAGGUGGCGACGAAAACCAUGGAAAGACGAUUCCUGCUACCCUGCUACCUGGUAUUACUCUCAGACAUGCCAUCUCUUUCAAGAAAAAUUUAGAAAUUUGGAGGAGCGAAGCUAAGAAGUUGAAGAUGGUGCAACCAUUUGACAUCUUCCUAUCUACUCCUCAUGUUUCGGCAUCUGGUAUCAUUGGUGCAGUGAUGACGGCCUCUCAUGGAGACAACUCGGUUGCAUCGGAAGUGGAUGAUUCGCAUAGCACUGCAGCAGGAUUCUCCUAUCGAUCUCAUGCCCUUAAAUCAGCAGUUCACGCUGACUUAUUUUCAUCUGUCUCUUUCAUGGCCCAGCAUGGGAGCUUCCAGAAGUGGUUCCUAGAUCUCACACGGUUCCAUGUCCGCCUCAAUUUUCCUUCUGGCCGCAAAUUUCUUUCUGGUGCCACUCAAUUAGCACAUGAUUUUGUCAACUCUCAACAACCGACUAAUAAAGCACUCGAAGCCAUUUGCCCAAGUGCAACUAUUUCUCUUCAACAGCAGAUUGUCGGGCCAUUUAGCUUCAGAGUCGACUCUGGGGUAACUGUGGGGUUGAACAAGCAGACGAAUUGGUAUGCACAGGCACAUGAUCCGGUAUUUGCACUCGAGUAUGCGCUACAAGUCCUUGGUUCAGCUAAGGCAAUUGCGUGGUAUUCGCCCAAGCAGCGGGAGUUCCUGGUGGAGCUUCGGUUUUUUGAGACAUAAAGCAAACCUACUGCCACCUCCUGCUACAGAGAUUCCAUUCUUGCUUGUGCCAUUAGUUUGGAUUGAAUUGCACAGACAGUUGCAGAGAUAGCAAUUUGCAGGCUGCUCAGGAAGUUAGUAUUCAGUUCAGACAGCAGAAUGAUUCACUUGAAUAUUCAUUAUCUUCUUGAUUCCUCACUUUCAACCUAUGACGAUAUUAUUCCCACUGGAUUCAUUAUGGUAAUUGGUAGAUAUGUUAAAAUGGAGAUUAACAAAGAUGUGAUGAACACGGAAACGCAUCCCAAGCUACUUCCUCUAUGUUGACAAUUGAUCUGCAGUUCCUGUUCCUUGAGAAUGUGCAGGAUUCCUGUUCCUGUUCUCAUUUCAGUAUUAC